AAUCCCUUAAGAUUAGAAGGAGUUGAGUAUUGGAGUAGCCUGCAGUGAAACUUGGAUCUCGCUCCCAUAUUCUCACACACAACGCUAAACUCAGGGAAGGAAGGAGGAUAGACAUAUUUUCACUUCAGACUUUUCUACCAUUAAUCGGUUGUUACAGGAAUUACGCCAUUCACAUGUGAGUUCACCCCGAUUUCUUCGCUGAACUAAACUUUAUAUUAAUCUCUUAAUUAAGGUGACGUGAAAUAUUCUGGGAUAUCACUCUUAUUACACGUUCAUGAUAAACGGCGACCACGGGUUUUGUUGAUGCUGCGUUCUACUCUUGGAUCGUUAAUUACUUCACCAACCUGAUCCACGUUUACCAAUCCUCUUAAUCCCUGGAUUAGCACACGGGAUUAUCCACGGGAAACACUUAUUUGCACUUAUUAGCGGGUAGUUUAACCCCCUUCAAACUAUUUGACUUCAAACAUUCCAAACACGAACCAACCCGAUCCUCUUUACUCGAUUAUUUCAAAGGGUAUUCGAUAAUAUCCGCAUUUUGUGUGAACGUGAUCGGAGCGUCAAGUGUUAACACAGAUGACUUACGGAAAGAGGAGGUAGCAGAGAAUUGAAUUGAGACGAAACCGGACCAAGAUGGAGCUGCGGCAUUGUUGCGUGGCAGUUGCGACUGCCCUUUUAUCAGUCAUAUCUUUGACACUAAGUUUCGAGAAUGGAGACCUGAGGUUACAAGAUGGUCACAACGCAGCAGAGGGAAGGGUAGAGGUGUUUCAUGAAGGAACAUGGGGUACCAUCUGUGAUGAUGGUUUCGAUAUAACUGAUGCAAACGUCAUAUGCAGACAACUGGGAUAUUCAUCAGCAAACGCGUCUCAUUGUUGUGCCCAUUUCACACACGGAACAGGGGACAUUCACAUUGAUGAUCUAGCAUGCUCGGGAUUGGAGAGCAGGAUUAGUGAGUGUCCGAACAGGGGCUGGGGAGAGCAUAACUGCGCGCACACAGAGGACGCCAGUGUUACGUGCAAUGGUAACAUUCGCUUACAGGGUAGCGACAGUACUGUUCAGGGCCGGGUGGAGGUCUUCAGCAACUCCAACUGGGGCAGCGUAUGCAGCACGGGCUGGGACCUGAUCGACGGAGACCUGGUCUGCAAACAGCUGGGCUUCCCCGGAGCGAAUGCAACGACAACCACGGCAACGUUCACUCCAGGGACUGGACCAGUGCUAAUCAGCGAGGUGGGGUGUACGCCCGAGGAUAAAGUGUUCAAGAACUGCACCAUGAAUAAGACGCCUGGCCCUGAGUGUGCCAAUCAUACCAAUGAUGCCACUUUAGUUUGUAAAAGACCUAUAAAGCUGAUGGGUGGCAAGAGUCCUAGUGAAGGCUACGUCGCUGUGUAUGACGGUUUGAAGUGGGGACCCAUUUGUGCCAAGAACUGGGGUAUCGAAGAUGCAAGAGUGGUUUGCAAACAAGUUGGAGAUCUAGCAGCAGUUGAAGCAACGACUGGUAUGAGGUUUGGCCAGGUUACAGCCAGCUACCUCAUGUCGAAUGUAGGCUGCGCAGGGACUGAAGGCACGUUAGACGAGUGUCCAUCGACCAACAACGGAGAUAACGACUGCUUCAGGUUUGCUCCAACAGAGACUGAACCGAUGCGACUCAAUGAUACCAACGAUUUGGCUGGAGUUCGAUGUGCUCCUGCUGUGCGUCUUGUUAGCAAUGACUAUUCAUUCUUACAAGGCAAAGUAGAAGUCUUCAAGAAUGGCCAAUGGGGUGGAGUCUGCGCUGACCAGUGGGGUCCCGAAGAUGCACGCGUCGUCUGCCGUCAACUCGGCGAGUAUCCCCUCUCCAAUGACUCAUGCUGCGACCCGUCAACGGACUCUGUUCAGGACCCAUUGUUGUCCAAUUUGAUGUGCACUGGUAACGAGGAGCGACUUCAAGACUGCCCUGUGGCUCCUGGCUCGCAGCCUCCUACCCGCUGUAAUGCAGCUACAGCUAGGUGCCAAGUGACUAUUCGUCUCACUGGAGGGAGGCACAGCCUUGAGGGGAAUGUAGAGAUCUCCAAAGGAACGGAGUGGGGAAAUAUCUGCGAUGACAACUGGGGCAUAGAAGAUGCACAGGUGGUGUGUCGUCAACUGGGCAACUAUGAGGUGGUAUCCCAUUACUCCGGUAGUCAGCACGCCCCUCCCAGGUACCCCUACCUCCUGGACGACGUGGCAUGCAACGGAGACGAGGCCAGGGUGGAGGACUGUUACCAUAGCGAUUGGGGAACACACAACUGUGGCACCAGCGAGGCAGCAGGAGUAUCUUGCAGAAACUUCCGUUUGGUGUCGGACGACCGCAACUCCACCAUGCCUAAGGGUCGCGUAGAGGUCGUUCACAAUGGUCGAUGGGGGCGUGUAUGUGGAGAGAACUGGGAUAAAUCGGAUGCAAAUGUACUCUGCAGGCAGUUGUACAACAGCUCUGCUGAUGCCGUGGGAUCUUUCGAGCCUGGAACUGGUGUGGCCUUCAUGACAAACUUCACCUGCCGAGGCAACGAGACCAGUCUCCUUCAGUGCAGCUACGAGAAGAGAGAGAUUACAGACUGCCAGAGUGAUGCUAAUGUCAUAUGUAAAGGUGGUAUCAGACUGGUGGGCGGUAGGACUCCAUUGGAAGGAAGAGUGGAGAUAUUCCAUGACGGUCAGUGGGGAACGGUCUGUGAUGAUGGUUGGGACUUCAAUGAUGCAAAGGUGGUGUGUAACCAAUUGGGAGGCUAUGCUGCCUUCGCAGCCAAGUGCUGUCAAGCUUAUGGACCUGGGACCGGACUGAUUCUAAUGGAUGGGGUGAACUGCAUCGGUACCGAGAGCACCCUAGAGAGCUGCCCUCACGAGGGAUGGCAGUCACAUAACUGUCAGCAUUAUGAGGAUGCUUCGGCUAUCUGUUCAGACAUCAAACUCACAGCCCCCAAUGGCACCACCUCCACCAGCACGCUAGAGGGGCGUGUGGAGAUCCUCUUAGAUGGAGAAUGGAAGUCCAUCUGUGCUAAAGGAUGGGACUCUAAUGCCGCACAGGUCGUCUGCACUCAGCUCUUCCAAACUGAUGUCAAAAAUGUUACGUUGGUACCCGCCAAGUCAUCCCAAGACACCGGGGUGACGGACUUACGAUGUCUUGGUACAGAGAAGAUGCUCUCAGAGUGUCCAAGCAUCACAUCGCAGGUCCUCUGCCCUAACAAAUACAGAGCAUCUGUCCAGUGCAAAGAUUAUACAGAUAAAGAUAUACGACUGGUUGGCGGGACUGUGAUGUCCGAGGGCGCCAUUGAGACUCUGGUGGACGGUGAGUGGGGGCUGAUCUGCGGCAACGACUGGGGCAUGGAGGAGGGGCAGGUGGCGUGCCGUCAGUUGGGCUACUGCAGCGCCUUCUCCGUCGAACGGGGCUGGACACCGAAGAUCGAGGAGAGGAAGCUGAUGCACUGGCAUUCAAUGAACUGCACCGGAAAAGAAGAGAGACUGAGGGAUUGCUCCAAGUCGGGGGGUUCGUUCCCCUGCACGGGGUACAACUUUGAGGCAGCAGUCACAUGCAAAAAUUGGUGCGAUCAACCCGGAUAUCUCAUGCACGGCACGUGGUCGCCACGGAGACAGCGCUAUGGGCUCAACAGCAAAAUUUCAUUCAGUUGCGAUGAAGGUUACGAGUUGCAGGGAGUCCAAUUCAUGGAAUGUUUGGAGGUAUGCGAAUGGAAUGCUGGCAUACCAACAUGUAAAUGGUCCCAUGCAGGAGGAGGUGGAACGAGCCCUAUUACAAGCAAAUCUGCAAGCGGUAUCCACCCAGCCGGUAUAUUUUUCAUCGGUCUCUUAGUAGGGUUGGUGGUUGUUGUGAUAUCGUAUGGACUAAUUAAGUACAUCAAGCGGCGGCCUGCUAGCCCUUCAAAUUCUUCGAGCAGAGCGGGUAACAUCUUCAGACCGCGCAAGCAGCUUGACGAGAUGGAAGAACCAGUCCUCAGCUUCCAGUCGAUGAACAUGGAUAAUGAAGAGAACGGGGAGGCCAUGUGAUAUCAUAUUGGGUAGUCAUGGUAAAAGGAUGGAGUCAAGGAAAGAGAGAGUGACUAAUCGACUAUUGACUGGAGUAUUGACUCCCCUGAACUAAGGGACCUCACAAUUAUGCACCAUAUACAAAAUAUUUCAAGAUAUCAUAUUGGGUAGUCAUGGUAAUAGAGUCAUCCAGGAUGGAGUCAGAGAAGGAGAGAGUGACUAAUUGAAUAUUGACUGGAAUAUUGACUCUUUAGAACUAAUGGACCUCACAAUUAUGCACCAUAUACGCAGAACUGGAUUAUUCACGAUGUUUUGCACCUCAGUAACAGUGUAAGAGAGAAGUUACUGUCAAGGAGAGUCAUGUUCUCCAACUUAUUUUUUCUUCUUUUUUCCUCUUAUUAGUUGUUAAAAACGAUUUUGUGACUAAAUAUUUGGUUAGUCACAAAUAGUAAGUGUAAUAUUAAAAGCAACAUUGUUUUAGUGGGUUUUUUGGUAAAUAGAUAUAAGCGAUAUGAGAGUGGCAAGUGGUUAGUCACUGCAUCAAAGGUAAUCAGUUUGUCGCCAAUUUUCAGUCAUCAUGACUUGAAUCAAUAUGGACUUUUAGAUUUGCGUGGACUGAUACGUGUGACGUCCACUGAAGGCAGUGCAUUAAAAGGACGUCAAUCAUAGCAAUCCACAUUGUCGUUCGGCAAAUCUUAAAGUCCCUAGUUAAGUAGCAUGAUGAGUUCUGCUCUUGUGUUGACAAUUUGAAGGGGUAUGUUUAACUCCUUGAAUACCGAAAUCUCCCAUUCCCAUAGGCUUCCCACAGGAACUGCUCGGUUCCUGUUGGGAAAAGAGUUAAACUCAAGCUUAUGAUUCCAGUGAAUGUACAUGAACUGCACACAAGUCAUGCUGUGGAUGAUGGUUUGACUAACUUUAAGACAUGUCAUAUUAAAGAUGUAUGCCACGUGGCCAUGCUACAUCCAUGCAAUUUGACUAGUUUGAUUAUUUUGACUAACUUUUUGACAUGGGAGAUGAUUUGACUAGCUCCAAACAUUUAGAUGAUGUAAUAUAAUUAUGUGAUAUUGACUAUGGCCAUACUACAUUAAUUUAUAGGUUUUUAUAGGUUUGAUAAUUUUGACUAACCUUAAAGGGUCACAUUGCACAGUUUAAAGCUAAUCUUGAGCUCUGGUAAAUAUGGGAAUCAUAUUUGGAGAGAAAAAUUGCCAAGACUCAUUCUGGGCUCAUUUAUCCUGCAGUAGAUUUGUUGUUUCAACCAGUGAAAUAAAAACAAACGCACAAACACUUUCAAUAUCAAGGUCACUUAAAAAGAAAGCUAAAUAUAACUCCUCUUUACUAAGCUUAAAAGUGCAUUGAAUAAAACCAAUAUUACAAGUCAUGUAGUUUAGCUUAUUAACUUAACUCGCGCAAAAGCACCAAUGAUAUGAAAUCUUUUUAAAAGUAACAAACCUUUCUGCCUCAAAUAUUACAUUCAUAUUUGGUAAAUGAAUAAUAACUGCCUUUUUAAUAAUUACAGUGUAUUUUCAUCAGGGUUAAAUUAAGGUUAUUGAGCAGUCUACCUUAGAUUCAUAGAUAUAUUUUACCCUUUUGUUACUAAAGACAGAAACAAACAGUAAAGCGGAGCUUUUUGUAAAAUUAUUGAAAUGUACAUGUAAAAUGUUAUAUAUACAGUUCAUCACUCCUAAUGGACGUAUCUACCAUAUUUUUGAAUGAUAUUGCCCUAAGAGGAUGGUGGUGAUGAAGAAAAAAAGAAGAAUUGCAAUAAGCAUUUGAAAAAUGUGAGAAUUGUUAGAAAUGUUAUUUUUUAUAAUUCAAGAAAAACACUGGAUUGUGCUUUUGAUAUUAGUUGCAAAUGUUGUUAUUUCCUAGUAGUCAUGUUUUAAUUGUAGUCUUGUGCUUUGUUUGUGUCAUUUCUUUGUGCUUGUAGUUUAAGAGCAAUUUCCAAUGUAAAAAUUAUCAUGAUAUUAUGCAGGAUUUUCAGUCUGUUCGAAGCCAGAAGGGGGUUAUCUCAUAUACUUUAAUUACAAAGUUAACACCCUUUUGGUUCUGAGCUAACGAUAUACAUGUAUGUGGCUUCAGUGAGAGACAGGCCACUUGUCUACUAUAGCUGCUGUAAAAUCAUUCUUGGUUGGGCUUUGCAUUCAGGUUUAUAUGGUGCUUCAAAACAAGCCACAUUUUCCAUCAACUUCAUUCCUCUCUUUCUUACACCCUUUACUGUGUCUCUUUGUCUCUCAUUCUUUUCUUGACAAAUACAUUCCCUUCAGACUAUUAAUAUUUCUAUUUUGCAUCUCCCCCUC